AAUGGAUGCUACGUUUGCAGAUUAUUUCCCGACAGAAAGAAAACAUCUUGAGGAUUAUAUGAAAUAAAUGUAUGCAUGAUGCAGGACACUAAUGACUGGAGAGUCUUGAUGAGGAAAUCAUGUCUCUAUUAAACCACUGUGAUUAUUUCUAGCCUAUGUUUGCUGCACAGAAGGUAAUUCGCCUUCGUUAGCAAAGAGUUUUGCCACCGUGGAGCUAAAGCAGCUAAUAGUAAAGAGUUAAUCCGUGUUUCCGAGCAUUAAAAACUCGCAGUGUUGUUCAGCUAAGGACGGCAGGCUGGGGACGGGUUACAAAGUGGAACCAUUACUUCUGACCAAGUUUCAGGCAGCAUAAAAACAGGAUACAGGUGAUGUGGCUGAAACCUCGACCUACUUGAAGAUGUGAAGGUUUCAAACAAGGAUUGUGAAAAAGAAAAUCCUAAUGUUCCCUGUCCACCAGAACUCCAGGUUGCAUCAACAGAGCCUAGAACCUCUCCAGAUAAAGGAGGAAGAGGAGGAACUGUGGAUCACUCAUACAGGAGAGCAGUCUGCUGUGAAGGGGGAAGAUGAUGAGAAACCUCAGUUAUCAGAGCUUCUUUACGUCAAAACUGAAGACAACAGAGAGACAGAGGCUUCAACCAGCAGCUCAGCUGAACAGAUGCAAACAGAACCUGAUGGAGAUGAUUGUGGAGGACCAGAACUAUGUUCGAAAUAUUGCCUUCAGCUAAGUACUGAUGAAAUUUCUUCAGAUUCUUCUGCGACUGAAGUCAGUGAUGAGGAUGAUUGGCAAGGUCCUUUGUCAGGUUCUGAACCAGAAACUAAAAAGAGUCUCAAAAAUUGGGAGAACACAGAACCUCAGUCAGAGUCUGCUAAGCAAUUUGUAUCCAAGCUGUUUCUUCAGACAGGACCAAGCUCUUCCAUGUGUUUGGUUAAAAGCAAAUGUCUUGUAGUCAAAGAACCUUUGGAUUCCCAUUCAACUGGUUACAAACGGUUUGGUUGUGAUAUCUGUGGAAAACAUUUUUCCCAAAGGGGAAAUCUGGAGAAACACAUGAUGGUUCACAAACAAGAAAAAUCCUUCACCUGUGAGGAAUGCGGUAAAAACUUCAAACGACAUUUACAGCUUACAGUUCACCUUAGGAUUCACAGAGGUGAGAAACCUUUUGGUUGUGAUUUUUGUGGUAAAGGCUUUAUGGUAAACAGUGCUCUGCAAGCACACAAGAGACUCCACUUAGGAGAGAAACCGUUUGGUUGUGAUGUUUGUGGUAAAACAUUUCAUUUAAGGAGGAUUCUGAAAAUGCACAUGAAGGUGCACGCAGUAGAAAAACCAUUUCAUUGUACUAUGUGUGAAAAACAAUUCAAAUGUCCGUAUAUUCUUAAAAAACACAUGAGCCUCCACUCUGGACUGAAGCCGUUUGUUUGUGGUAUUUGCAGUAAAGCAUUUUCACAAGAAGAAACUCUAAAAACGCACAUGGUUGUUCACACUACAGAGAAACCAUUUGAGUGUGAUAUCUGUGGUAAAAGCUUCAAAUAUAUGUCCUACGCUCGAAAACACAAACUGUUUCACAGUGGUGAGAGCGGACAUAGCUGUGACAUUUGUGGUAAAACAUUUAUAUUAAAGCCUGCGCUCACAGCACACAGGAGGAGUCACACAGGGGAGAAACCGUUUUCCUGUGAUGAUUGUGGAAGAAAGUUUCAUGUCAAGGCAAACCUUAAGCAGCACUUGAGGGUCCACUCAGGUGAGAGACCAUUUGCCUGUGAUGUUUGUGGUAAAAGAUUUAGUAGAAAGACGCAUCUUAAAGUCCACACAAGGAUACACUCUGGAGAAAAACCAUUUUUCUGCAAUAUGUGUGAACAAAGGUUUCGUUUUCAACACAAUCUCAAAACCCACAUGAGAGUGCACACAGGAGAGAGGCCUUAUGUUUGUGAUUUUUGUAGUAAAGGAUUUUCGCGACAAGAGCAUCUGAACAAACACAUUGCUGUUCACGCAGCAGAGUAACCUUUCAGCUUUAGGUACUGUGGUCAAAGCUUGAUGGUGGUUCUUUAAAUUGGUGGUUUAAAAUGUUGAAAGUGCUGCCAAAAAACUUCAGUGAUUCAGGAAAGAUGAAGCAUAACUGAUGAGCACAUUAAUGGGUUUUCUGCAGAGGGUCAUCUUUAACCAAACUUAGGACACCUUGAUGUAUAACCAAUCUACUCUCAUCCUAUGCUUUUAGUAAAUGUUUCUGGCACUCUGCACUGUAUGUCUGCCUGACAUAGAGAGCUGGACAGCUAAUAAUUAUUGCCAUACCUGGACUUUUUCUGAGCAGGCCUAAGUGACUGCUUUUACAGAAGCAAAUCCAUUUAUCUUCCCACACGCCAAGAACAUUUCCUUAUCUAAACUGGGCUUCUGUGUUAUUUGGGAAUUAACAUAUUCCCUUCCACAUCUGUUAAAAGAUUUAGAGUCUCUCAAGUAGCUUGAAAUCAGCUGUUCAACUGUAUGGAAAUUAAAUACAAGUGGGCAGCAUUCAAAACAACUAACAUGCCCAUGUCUGAACAGGUUCACCUUAGGAGCAAGAUGCUAUAGGUACUCUCUAAAAACCCUAAGACAUCAUCAUAGGACCUAUGGCAGGCUACUGUUGACAUAAACGUGAUUUUCCAUUCAUGAAAAGAGCCUCAUACCAACUGUUAAGCAUGGACUUAAAAGUGACAUGGCUGAGAAUUACCUGGAAAGUCCUGGAUUGAGUCAAAACCCAGAUGUUGAUUUCACUAAGAUGCUGUGGGAUUCCUUGAAACAGGCAGUGUAUGCAAGAAACCCCUUAAACAGCUCAGCUAAGUGAGGAGUAGGGAAAGGGUUUUCUCAGACCGAGGUCAGAGACUUUUAGAUGGCUACAAGAUGCAGCUCACUGAAGGUAUUUCAACCAAAGGGAGCAGGACUUUCUAUUAGGGAGUUGGGGAUCCUAACCUUAGAUAACUAAAAAGAUAACUAAAAAAGUAUUAAUGAAUAUUUAAUAGGAUGUGUCAAUAUUUUCAUGACUACAUACAGGUCCUUCUCAAAAUAUUAGCAUAUUGUGAUAAAGCUAAUUAUUUUCCAUAAUGUAAUGAUGAAAAUUGAACAUUCAUAUAUUUUAGAUUCAUUGCACAC